GCGAAUAAAUGAAAUGUGAGAUUAUUUUAGAUAAUUUUUUUUUUUAAUUUCCAACUUUAAAUUUAAAUAAAAAAAACAGAUGUACAAAUACGGGGUUCCCUACAUUUAUUCAUUUAAAAAAGUCUUAGGAAAAGUAAUCUCGAACAGAGAAAAGGGAGAUGCAUCUAUGGCCGUCAACGAGGCUCAGGGACUCCUUCAAGCAGGGCUACUUGCAGAAACUUGAAUGGAACCUCCGCAUGAUGGGGGCGGGCGACAAGCAGCAGCCGAGGGAGUCCAAAAGCGGCGGAGUCGGCGGCAGCAAUCAUCAAAAGCUGCUGGAUGACGGCGGUGCCGACGGUCUAUCGGCGAAUUCCAAGGGUUCCGGUAACGGAGGAGGGGUAAGCUUCCCGGUGGUUCUCUGCAGAGACCUUCUCAUGAUCCUUUCUUGCUGCUAUUGUUGCUUCUGCUGCGGAGCCUGCAGCGCGGACGUAGAGGACAGGUGAUUGAGCUAAGGUAGGAGGAACAUCCAAAUAUCCAACUACAGCCGUGGAAAAAACUGAGAUACACACAAAAGAGAGGAACUCUAUCAGAAAAGAGCAUUAUAUUGAACUUCCUCGUAUGUUUUCUUCAUUUACUUCUCUAUAAACCCCUGUAAGUAUAUAAUUUUCUUUUAUUAGUAUAACUAGCCUGUCAUCUGUGCGUUAAAAUCAUUGUGUUUGUUGUUGUAUUUGUAUUGUGACACCAAAUGUACGCUUUUCAGUAACAAAAACAAUAACUUGAACAAUAUAGAGAAAGGAUGUGUACCCAGACCUUAUUCACGGGAAAAUUCACCGAGGUUUGAGUUCCAGAGAAGGCUGAGACGUUGGCUCAUUGUGCGUCAUUAAGUCGAGAAAGUAUAAAUAUAUAUCAUAUUG